AUGAAUAUCAGCAGCUGUGAUCUCAUUGAUGCAAAGCUUGAAGAGCAUCAACUGUGUGGAUCUAAACACUGCCCCGGUUGUGGUCAUAAACUCGAAGGGAAACCGGAUUGGGUAGGUUUACCAGCAGGAGUGAAAUUUGAUCCAACUGAUCAAGAAUUGAUAGAGCAUCUUGAAGCCAAAGUUGAAGCUAAAAAUUUGAAAUCUCACCCUUUGAUUGAUGAGUUCAUCCCUACAAUUGAAGGUGAAGAUGGGAUUUGUUAUACCCAUCCUGAAAAACUCCCCGGAGUUACAAGAGAUGGGUUGAGUAGACACUUCUUUCAUCGGCCUUCGAAAGCUUACACGACCGGGACAAGGAAAAGGCGAAAAAUCCAGACGGAAUGUGACCUACAAGGCGGUGAAACACGGUGGCACAAAACGGGUAAAACCCGACCGGUCAUGGUGAACGGGAAGCAAAAAGGGUGCAAGAAAAUCUUGGUACUCUAUACCAACUUUGGGAAAAACAGAAAACCCGAAAAGACGAAUUGGGUGAUGCAUCAAUACCAUCUUGGACAACACGAGGAGGAGAGAGAAGGCGAGCUCGUUGUAUCGAAGAUAUUUUACCAGACUCAACCACGGCAAUGCAAUUGGUCCGAAAGAGCUAUGAAUAACAACAUCUUAUUGAACAACAUUCGCUCCACCGAAGGGGUGAAUAUUCAAAUGAACGAAAUGAAUAACGGUAGUAGUAGAAGGGAGAGUAGGAGCGGAAGUGGGAGUUGUUCAUCUUCAAAGGAAGUUAAUGUUACUCCCACGACUACUAUUACUACCGCUACUGCUGCUACCGUUACCGCCCACAAUAACAUCGGAGAUGAACUCGUUGGCACGGUUUUGUCGAGUUACAAUCCAAUGGAUCAAAUGCAGCAUUUCAAAGGUGUUGAUCAAUAUAGCUUCAUGCCGUAUAGAAAAAGCUUUGGUGAGGUGGGAACAACAGGAGGAGAGGCUUCUAUCACGUGCGAUGGGCGUGACCUGCAAAGGCAACAACAACAGCAGCAGCAGCAGCACAUGAACCUUGAGGAUGAUCAGCAUCAAAAUCCACAUCAUCAUCAGAAUUAUCCACAUCAGCACCAGGUGGCAACAACAGCCUUCCAUGUCAGCAGGCCAUCUCAUGCCAUAUCAGCCAUCAUCUCCCCUUCUCCCCUACAUCACACCUCCAUUAUUCUUGAUGAUGACUCCUUUCAUGUCGCCAGGAUCAUGGAAAAUUUUCAGCAACAGCAGCAUCAUCAUAAUAAGAUAGGAGGAAGAUCAGCAUCAGGAUUGGAGGAACUCAUAAUGGGCUGCACUCCAUCAUCAUCAACUGAUAUCAAAGAAGAGUGUUCCAUCACAAACCCACAGGAGGCAGAUUGGUUGAAGUACUCCACCUUUUGGCCUGACCCUGAUCACCAUGUCUAA